UGUCAAAGAGAGCGUGCAUAGGUCGGGUGGUGCGUGUCUCCUAACAAUAUAUUAUUAGAACCUUUGUACAAAGAAUAUGACACGAAAAUAUGUUUUGUGUUCUUAUAAAUCACAUGUAUCCGCCGUUUUGUGGUCGUUAAAAAGCGUGUUUGUAGAAUAAUACGGUGAAUUUUAGUAGUGCAGCUUUAGAUAGCAAAAUAAUGUAUUUUAACAUGCCGCAGUCUCUUGUUUGAAUUGUCAAGACAUUGUUGUGGGAUCGAUUUUUAGGUGUUAUUAAUGAAAUUACCACGGUGCUUUCAAGUGAUAUUACCUAAACGACAUUCAUGCUCAACCAGAAACGUGUACAAUCUGACUCGCGUUUACGUGCCAUCGAAUCGAUAUAAGUUAAUAAAAAAUGCAUAUUUUCACCAUGGUUUCAUAAGUGUUCGGGUCAAUACAGUAACCGGCUCGGAAUAAGCAUUACGAUUUGUAUUUGUUUAUUUUCUUGAUUAUCAAGUGCUUUUGUUAGCUUGUGUGACCUGUGUGAAGUGAUGGUUAUUAUUACGUACUCGAUUGCUCGACGUGCACACAAGAUUUCAGCGAUACAUAAAGACGCAGACUCGUCCCGCGAAUGUUUCAGAAAAAAAUACACCAAAAUUCGCUCAGAACUCCAGUGAAGAUUAAAAACAAAAUUAAUCUAAUAUUAUGUGAUACAGAGUGCUAGUGCGUAGUUUAUAGUUCUCCGUCGGCCAUUUUGUUUUGCGACAUGGCAGCCAUCUUGAAUGUGCUUCAGGCGGGAAAUGGCGGGAUUCUAACCCAGAUCCUGCUGCUGCUCAGUUUGGCUGUAUAUUCUUCAUACGGCGGAGGCUGCACAUUCCCGCCGGGGUGGACAGGCAGCUGGUUCCUGUCCGGGAAUCCGGGACUCAUCGCAAUCAACUCCACUCACAUCCAAUCGAAGGGGGAGUGCUCUGAGACCGACUCCUAUGACAAAUUUCUGUUGUAUGACAGGAGUGACGACUGCUACAGAUGCAUGGUGAUACAUGAAAAACACAAAUAUGUGUUGCAGUAUAAAGAGACAUACUGCUCACCAAAAGACACGCUAUCGUCUAUAUGCGAGAUGAUAAGCGGCGACGCGGCGCUCUACUCGAUGUUCCGGAAGGAGCCCCGGCCCGUGCCCGAGCAGUGUCCGUUCCACCCGCCGCCGUUCACUUUCACUUACAACCGUGGGUCCGGUGACUGCACGAACCCGCCUUCUCGCGCGGAGUCCUGCACUGAUGAUGCCAGGUUGCUGCUUCGAUAUAUGGCAUGCCCUGACGUGCCAGGGACAGAGAGCAAUGUUGAGGAGCUCGUCUGCCUGGCGACGUGGAAGGAGGGUUCCACCAGAUACCUGGUGGGGCAGAUAUCGCAAGUCAACAGGAGGAAUUCCAUCGCCUCCGAUGAGGAUACUUACAGAUGCUUCAUCUACAAAGGUCAACAUAGCGACAAGACGAUGACAUACAACAUAGCGCAGUCGGGUGACGCCACGUGCAACGGCUUGUCGUCGCCCACAGACGGCAGUAGGACCAUGAAGCUUACUAACAGCGACGACGAACACAACCGCUGCCACUUCCCACCCUGGAUCGUGGACCACCACAAGUGGUACAGUCUGGACCACUCGCACCAGUACCACUUCACCAAGAAGAACGCCACGCUCAAGAUUAUGAAUGCAGAUGGCUCCUUUGAGGAGAAGAGGCUGGUCUGCCACUCCAUCUUGGAGCAGAAAGACAAGAAGCACAUAAAACUGAUCGCCCACGUAACCAGGGGAUGCGAAUCCGGCCAUGUCUGCCUCAAGUUUUACAGGAGGGAAGGGAACGUUCUAGAACUCCAGCAGGGCACGGGGCUGUGGGAACUGGCGCAGGACGCUUGUUCAGAGAACACGCCGCUACCCUACAUUACUUUGAUAACCACGUCGCUCCUCCCAAUGCGUUGUCCAAUUUUCGGGCGAUACGCUGUUACUAGCGCCGCGCCGGACAGGAGGCGGAGACGACAGCAAGUCACCAUCGGGGACUCGGAAACCCAGGGUGUGUCGCCUGCGGAGUGUUCCCCGGAGUUCACCAGCGCGUUAGUGGGUUGUGGAGCUCAGCAGGACAGCAUCGAGUUCAAAGCCGUGUGCUCUGCUACAGUAUAUUCAUGCUACGGCAGCUGGUCUGAGAACGGGGUGGGCUACCUCAUAGCCGCGCCCGUGGCCAGGGGCUCCACACACCCGAGGACCUUCUGCUUCAUGUACACGUCGCGAACUAGCAACGAAACCCGCGGAGGCGUUCAACAGCUGUCAGUGUCGGCGGUGUCUCGCUCGUGUGACCGCAGCGUUAUGCCCGGCGCAGGCGGCGAUAAAGCUUACAAUUUGACGCUUAAUGGCACGUGCGAACAAAGCAGCAUGUACAACAGCAUGUCGCCGCGCAUGUCCCCGACCGCCAUACUAGUUCUCGCCGUCGGCCUCGCCCGCGUCAGAUGAUAGACGUAACUCUGUUGUAAUGUGAUUAUACAUCCGUUCUGACGUUUAUUUUGUAUCAAUUUUGUUUUUUUUUUUUUUUAGGUUUUUUUUUUUUGCGAGCGAUCUGUUGAUGAGUUAUUUUUAUGUAUAUGUAUAGAUAAAUUCGUGUUGACCCUUACGGGGUAGACGGAGUGAAUUGUUAAACAAACUUGCUUGGGCAAUGCAAAUUAAGAAUAUUUUUUUUUAUAUCAACUAAUAAUCAUGUUGAUAAAUUAUCUAUAUUAAUUUAUUACAAUCUUUUGUUUGGGAAUUGAAGGAGAUUGCAUAAAAUUAUUGUCUUUGUAUGAAUUAAUUAUAUCCAUACAUUGGUAAUUUCAACAAAAUAAGAGCGUCGUCGGUCGAAACGUUAAAGUGCCCGGUUAAAAUGCGUGUGGCGCAAAAAAGCACAAGUUCGAAUCCUACUUCGGUCAUGUAUCAAUGACUAUUUGACGAAGUUAUGUACAUUAGUUAGAAUACUAACCGAUGCUCUUACGGCGAGGGAAAACAUAGUGGAGAAACCUGCACAUUCAGACAAAAGGUAGCAGAGGUCAGACGGGAGUCGCUUC